AUCAAAGCAGAUUUGAUAAAUCCGGCAACCGAACAGGAUGUUCCACACGAAACAAUCACACUGACAGCGAGGCUGUAGCGCUCAAUCAGAACGUAUCCCCAUGGUCUGGGCCGCCCCGUCAACAAGCUAUUGCAAUCUGCACCACCAACUCCGUUUUCCAGUUGCGAAAACCGUCCGUCUACUUAACGUCCAGCUUCGUACUGUCACAAUAGACUGCCGCGUCGACGGAAAUCUGAAUUACCAUGACAACUAAACAAUCUAAUAGCGCGCGCAAACGAUCGCUCUCGUUGUCCCAACCACAAACUAGAACGUCUCGAAAGUUUGACAUUGCAUGCGGCAUUAACCGGCCGUUUGCAGAUAAGACGAGGGUCCCUGCAGAUUGCCUCCUCCAAUGCAUCGACAAGUGUGCAUCAUUCCAUCCACCAUGCGUCGCCUUUGAUUCCGCAAAUGAAAAUUGUUGGCUCAAGAGUGCGGACACAGAGAGACUCCAGAAUCAAGGCAUUAUCAUAGUGCAGUGGCAGGGUGUCCUACCGAUGUUGAAGAAGACUGUGGUACCUUGCACAACGGAUAUUCAUCCAAAGGGGUGGAUUUUGAUACCUCCUGCAGCCAAGCCUACUUACAUUGACUCGAUUCGUACCCAUUCUGUAUCCUUCAAAGACUGUAUUGGUCAAUACGCGACGUAUAUGUCCACAUGUGCAGGCGUGUCUUACAAGGCCUUCAUGAAACACGGGUAUAACAACUGCUACUUCAAACCCACCAUAUGGAUGUCGGGACUAAUGAUGCAAUAUUUUGUUGUGGAUACUGCCUUCGUUGUGAACAACCCAGCCAGAAACUCGCAUUUGGCGUCGACCUCAAAAGUCAGCCCAAUCCAGACAGGCUUUGCGGCUAUUACGGCCGCACCUGGAUCCUUAUGUCAGCAAAUUUCUAGUCCUUUAUCAUCGACUAUGCCACCAGGCCUGUGCUCCAUUUACCACAACUGUCGCCCAGCAAUAUUUACGCCCAAAAGUUUGGUUCGCAAGCGCAGUGGCCGGGCCAUUGGCCGUGAUCUCUGCUGUAGCACUACUCUGUCUGGUCUUUUGUCGUCGAGGAAAAUGACAUCAAUCUCCAGGCGUGCCUCCUCCUGCCGCGCCUACUGGUCAGAAGGAGUUGUUUAAUGCACACGCCUAUCGAUAUCCUAAAGUUACACCACCUCAAGGAUAUCCGCCUAUGCCCGGGUACUACAAUAGACCAGUUACGGAACAGAUACCCCCAAGCACACUGUAUUAAAGGCCAGGAAGAGAAGGACCUUAGCAAGGAGAGCUGGCGGGGAGACGAAUGCACGGGGUCUAAUAAAUCUGAAUGUCUACUUUCUUCUUUGCUUUUAAGGUUGUAUGACACACGCUUAGCAAAUUCUCA